AUGCACGUGUGCUUCCAUGGCGGCGCUGUCGCCAGCGGCGGCGGUGGCGGAAGGAUCGCCAAGUCCAUCCGGGACUUCACCAAGAUCUUGAUUAGUCGUGGAAGCGGGAGCAACGCGCGGGCGCGGCGGCGGCAGAUGCGGCGAUGUAAAGAUGCCGCGCCGGCGGCGAUGGCAUCCGCGUCCGCGAAGAUCGCGCCGGCGCAGCUGCAGGAGGAAGAGGAGGCGGCGCAAGGAGGGGGUAGGGAACAAGGAUUCUGCGACAAGUGCUGCUCCUCUUUGAUGGAAGCCGGCGGCGCGGAGGAGGAGGCGGCGGCGAACAUGACGGAGGAGGGUGACCGGGAGUGGGUGGCGGAGCCGGAGCCGGGGGUGCUGUUGACGCUGGCGCCGCGGCCCGACGGCACCACGAACUGCCUCCGGAGGAUACGGUUCAGGGAGGAGCUGUUCGACGCGUGGGCGGCGCAGUGCUGGUGGGCGGACAACCACGACAGCAUCGCCGAGCUCUACAGCCUCGUCCAGACCGACGAUGACGACGACGACGACGCCGUAGCGGCGGAGGCCAUGUUGCCGGCCACCCCAUGCCAGUCCGAGGAGGAGGAUGGCGGCGCCGGAGCAGAGUCUCAGUCAUCUCGGUCGCCGUCAACGUCCACCUUCUCCGGCGGCCCUUCCAGCGGCAGCGGCGGCGGCGAGUCGGCCGGCACGCUGGGCUCGCCGAUACUUGGCCUCAUCACCGCGCCCAGCACCGGAGCGGCUGCCGCCGCCGGGGCCGACCACGACGCCAUCCGCGACCAUCACCACCAGCCGACGGCGGCGCCGUGGAGUGAGUGGGUGGAGGAGUACGAGCCCGGCGUGUUCAUCACCGUCCGAGCCUACCCCGGCCACCGCCUCCAGCUCCGGUGCGUCGAGCUCAGCCGCGAGAUGUUCGGGGAGGUGAAGGCGAGAGUGUGGUGGGAGGAGAACAAGGGCAGGCUGCACCACCUCUACUCUUUCUGAGCUCUUAUUUUCCAUAACAAUUCUGACAAAUUUUACUAGUCAAAUUGAUAUAUUUUUUUUCUGCUGCAAAUCACCGUUACAAGUGAAACGACAUGAGAUUAGUGCCACUAACCAAGUGAGUUAUCAAUCACCUGCAAUCCUUUCAUUCUUCGAGGAA